AGCAGUAGUGGUGGAUAGUGCACCCACCGUUACUUCUGUGCAGGCUAGCAGAGGAGAACGCAGCCUGCGGCACGUGCACCAUAGCAAAAGCAAAAGCCUCGAACGAGACGACGGCGACACGAGCGCGAGCAACAACUCGGUGAAGAAUAGACUCGCAAACUGAGAUUGAGUAAUCGAAUCCCGCAACUUCCGAUGGAUGCUACCGAAUCACGAAAGGAUCCGAUUUCUCUGCAGAACCGACCCGGAAUCUUCAUAAUCGGAUCCUCCAACGUCGGCAAACGCACCCUCCUAUCCCGAUUGCUCUCUGUUGAUUUUGAAGAUGCUUUUGAUUCGGCUUCUGAAGUGAAUGUCCAUGGGUGGACUAUCAACACUAAGUACUAUACUGCUGAUGUUUCUGUAUGGAUGGCUCAUCUUCAUGAUGAUUUUUCUGUCAGAAACCUGCCCGUGUUUCGAGGAAUGACUGCUUUGGUGAUGGUUUUUGACAUGAAUGAUCCAUCUUCCCUAACUGCACUUCAAGAUUGGGUAUCUCGCACUGAUUUUGUGAACUUUGAGAUACUUCUGUGCAUUGGAAACAAAGUGGACCUGGUUCCUGGUCAUCCAGCCCAUGCUGAAUACAGAAGACGGUUGCUAAGACUUGAAGACUCUUCUGGGGAUCUUUAUUCAGAGCUCUCUGAGUAUGGGAUUUCAGAAUCUGAGGGAACUAGUUUAUUGGGAGAUGAGGAACCUUCUUGGGAUAUGAGAAGAUCCUGCUUGGAAUGGUGCACUGAGCACAAUAUUGAGUUCAUUGAGGCUUGUGCUUCCAAUGCUGAUUUUGACAAAUGCUUGUCCAUGGAUGGUGAUUUACAAGGAGUUGAACGUCUUUACGGUGCUCUUUCUGCUCAUAUGUGGCCUGGGAUGAUAUUGAAAUCUGGUGAUAGGAUAAGUCAACCAUCAUUUCCUGAGAAAGAAGAUUUAUCUUCAGAAGAAUCUGAUUAUGAACAAGAGUAUGAAGUUUUAUCGGCUGGAUCAACCGAUCUUUGGGAGGAAAAUGAGCAAGGAUGGGUUUCUGCACCUUCCAUAGAUGCAGGGGGAUCGGCUUCUCAAAAGAAUCCCAGCACACAUUGUGAACAUGAGGAUGAAACUAAGUCUGAUAAAGAGUUACAACCCGAGACCUCGAACACCGUGUUUCAGCUUGAGAGCAACAAGGAUGCAGCGCACACUACCAUGGAUUCUGAAGAUGGGAAGACAGAUGAGGGUAAAUGUCUUGACUUAGAGGAUUUGGAACAAUUAAUGUCUGAGAUUGGGAACAUGCGGGCAGGCUUAAGAUUGAUGCCUGAUUUUCAAAGAAGAGAAAUGGCUGCAAAGCUGGCUAUGAAAAUGGCGUCCAUAUUUGGGGGAGAGAGUGAUGAAGAGGAAAUUUAGUUGUUCUAGGAUGUUAGCUCAAUGAGAUUCAGUUAUAUGCUAAAGGUUACAUAGGUGAAUGUCAUUGUCAGUACUCUUAUAUGCCUUCACCUGGACGGGAAGAUGAGUAACCUCUGUUCACAAGGAUAAUAGUGUAUUUAGACUUCGUCAUACUUCUGCACUCUGCAACCCUUGGGCACCGCUGAACAUGAUUUAAGAUCAAUUACUUCUGUUUUGUCAUACACUGUUUAAUAGUCCAUAUUUUGUGGGGCAGAACAUUUUGUUCAAGAGUUGAAUAUGAGUGGGCUUGUUUGUAUUAACUAACAUGUGAUGUUUGGUGUGAAAAACUGUGGUAGGAUGUGACGUGGCUACUUGCUGCAAUUUGUUAGUGGUAAAAUUGACGGAAAAACACACUCAAGUAGUGUUUUAACUACUUGGACAAGAUGACAAAUAGUCACUCGGUGAUUAGUUUCUUCAGGAAUAUGAACUUUAUCUUUCUUCGAGAAUAAAGAGAAUGAAGUAUAUUUUGACCGAAAGCCCUACGCUUUUUAAGAUAGCAACAGAACCCCAGUUACAGUAGGGAAGUAGAAGGGAAGUUACAUUUACGUUUUGGGUGCUGUCAUUUGUUUCUUAACUUGUUUAAAAAUUCUUACCCGUAAAGUGUGGUGUGUAUGACAUAAUAGUAUUGCCGAAAUUAAUUUUAGAUAAUAGUGUAUUUAGACUUGUAAUUUGAUUAAGUACUUAUUUUAUUAAUUUUUAUCAAAUAAGAGUUUAUUGAUAAGUUUGAGUUGUAGUAAUAUAAGCUUAAAAAAUGUUUGUUUUGAUAAAUUUUCUUGAGAAGUAUAUGGAAUUGAAAAAAUUAAUAUUUUUAUUUUAAUUAUAAACCAACUAUUCCAAGCAAACGCUACCCAACCCAUGGUCAAUUUGGGUGCUCAUAAAAGGAUAAGGACCGUAAGGAGGAGUCUGAAAUUUGACUAUCCGUUCGUUACAUGUCUUGAGAAAAUGUAGGUAGUAUAGUAUGCGAGUGAACAUGUUGCCUGCGGAGAUGUCAUGUUCUGAUAAGUCAGGAACAAGAGAAAAAGACUCGAGAGAAAGUGUGAAAAAGUAGGCAAGGUAGCAACUAAUUGAUGAGUCCCCAACUUGGUUGAAAAGUGAAAACAAAAACUGUGCGUGAGUGUGGUUUGUAGCUGCAAUUAAAGUGGAAGAAAUGGAUGUAAUAAUCUUUUGCAAUCAUGUUGCUUUCUAAUAAUGCAUUCGGAAGAUCAGUGCAAAAUAUCGGCUAUUGCUUUUUCGAGUCUCAACUUUCAACUUUGCUCGUGAGUUGUUCACACUAAAGCUGGACAUGAGAGGAGAAUAAAAGAUAACCUAGUAAGAUAAAUGGUGGGUGGGACCUCGCGUCAUAACCCUAUCCUACUUAAAACAAAGUGUGUAGAAGAUGCCACAAUUAUCACCUUUUUGUAAGCAUCAACGGUGUGCAACUCUUAUAGUCCUCCCAUUAAGAAAGAUCUUAAGUAGAUGGGAAUGGGAAUUUGGAUAGAUGCAGAAAAGGGACCAUGCAGCCUAAGGGCAUCUCUACCUUAAUUAUUAUUUUUCUAAAACUUCAUAAAAUAAACAUUUAUGCUACCUUUAUGUCUCUCAUUUGUCUUAUAUCCCUUUAGCCUUGGUUUAUUGUUUUGGCUCCGUUCAUUUUGGGCAUUUCCUUUUGCUAAACAUUUGUUUAAUGCAGAUGCACAAAGGAUCCUCAUGUAGUGGAAAUUAAGCUUCUUGCAGAAGGUUGCUUGAUAUACAACUAGUGAUGGUUUGCACUGAUGCACCUUUGAUCAUUCAUGAUUCCCUUUGACUGAAAUGAUUGACUUUAUUCUCAUUCACUGACAGAAUUGGUACAAUGGGUACUUGGUAAGACUUGGGAGAAAUGCUACGAACACAAUUUUCUAACACUUUCUUCUUUUGACACCUCUAUCAUCAUUGUCAUUGGGACAUGUAAAAAAUUUCAUCUAAACAGAAUAUUAUAUAUAAAAAACUGUGAGGAAAAUAUUAUACUUUUUCAAAAUUGAUACCCAAUAGAAGGGUUAAAGUCAGCUUUCCCUGCAGAACAAGGUAAAAAAGGUGACACAAACGAGUAGAGAAGGGAGUUUGGAAAACCACUGCGCUGCUUGUUUGGAUAAAUGCAGAUCAUGGUUAAACCCCAGCAAGAAUUUUCAUUUAAAGAGGUCAAAAUUAAGGAAUACCUGAUUUAUAAAAAAAAGAUCAACUAUUAUGAAUAAAAAUAUAUGCAACAUUUUUUAAAUAUAGCUAAUAAAAUAUAAAUAAAGUUAAUUUCAAUAAAUUUCUCAAUAUAUAUUUAUAAGAAAAAGAUAAAAUAAUUCAAAUGACUUCUAUAAAUUUAAAUAUUUCAUACACUUUGAUUUUUAAAGAAAAAUAAUCAAUAACAUUACUAUUAAUAAAUGUAUAAAUUAAUAAAAAAUAUUAUGGAGCUAAUAAUUUAGAAGGUGUCAUAGUUUUUUUAUUUAAUAAUAUUAAAAAAAAUAAAAACUCUGGGAGUGACCAUCUCACUUGUAGGCCACCUACUCCCUGCAGCCACUGAACAUGCAUUCCAUGGUUUUCGUCUCUUUUUAGUCCAACUGUUUAGCUGGUUGAUCACGAAUUUAAUUAGAUGUUGAUUGCUUUAAUGUCUACCACAAUAUAUAAAAAUCAUUGUGAUAGACAUUAAAGCCUGGGCUAUUUUUUUCAUAAAAUAAAAAACAUUUUCACAGCAAAAAUGUUUUUUCUAUCGUUUUCUAACAUUAUAUAAAUUUUUAUUAGCUAUUUUUCCAUUGACAAUAAAAGACUAAUCCCUUUCCCAAGGUAAAGAUAAUUUAAAUGAAUUUUACAGUGCUAAUAUAUAUAUAUUUUUCUAUAUAUUGGAAAUUGUACCUGAUAGCAUGUUUAAGACUCAGUUAUAUAUCAAUCGUGUUGGAGUUUUGUUGGUCAAAAUUCUUAUUUUUAAGUAGAACUUCAUCAUCAGUUCACUGCUAUUAUAAUUACAACACAAAUACGAAAAAUAAUUGA